UCCUGCACGAGUUCGUAUCUCAACCAUCUGAGACGAAUAGAGUCGAGAGCACGUUGAAAGCCUCCGAGAUCAUAACCUGGCCUUGCAACAACAAUCUGACGACCUCUGUAUGCUAGAAUAUUCACCGCGGACGAUAUUAUGAUUUGCUAGAGCUUUCAACACGACGACUUGAGGCACCGCAGAGAUGCAAGCUCAGCGCUCCAUUCAACGAAGGUCGCCAGCAGCCGAUCCAGGACCUCCUCCUACGGUGCCUGCUCGGUCUAUGUCACCAAGUGGUCCUGGAAUGCCACCGCGCACAUCAUCUUCGUCUGCGAAAUUGUCACAGAAUGGGAGUCGGAGGCAAAAUACCAGUCAGCCUCCCCAGGGUAGCCCAGCAAAUCCACCACUAUCGCAGAUCGAAAAGAGCGUCACACAUCUCCUGGUAGCUACCAAACAGCUCCUCGAAACGCUCACACAAUGGUCCCGACACCAAGCGACAGAUUCCCAAGUCUCGGAUGUGUAUGUACGAUUAGGUUACGAGUUCAAUAUUGCUUGCAGGGCAUUUUCUGCGAUAAACGUCGAUAUCACCGACCUGGGCAAUGUUCCAGAGCUUCUUCGUCACAUACUUGAAUCCACACUUAGUCAGGAGGCAAGCGUGGAAAGUUUGGAGAAGUAUUUACCCCGAAUACGGGACAUAAUCAUAAAUUUACUCCACGGCUUGAAACGCAAGCAGCAGAAACUACGGCAGAAGCAAACGAGAGACAGUGCAAGUCAAAAUGGUGAUGGAUCUAUACCUCGGAAUAGCAGCGUUGGCAGUGUUGCCAGCGGGAACACAGGUCUUACAAGCCUGCUAGACCAAGGAAUCGCGAAUAACUACCAGUCGGGAGACAGUGGCCCAGAUGGGAGGGAGAAUGUAGGUGGGAAUGAUACUAGCAUUCCCCCGAGGAUGUCCUCAGCAUCUACGAAUAGAAAGGGUCUGCCUGACAGAGUUAGGUCAAGAGAGUCUUUGUCUUCUGGAGGUUCGACUAUGUCAAGUUCUACAAUGCAAAGUAUGCCCAUUUUGCCGCCUUAUCCUGGAGACGAGGCGCCAUUGCCAAUACCACCUGAGCAAGAGACAGAGCUGGAGAGGUUUCCACCUCCACCUCCUCCUCCCAAGCAACAAAAUCCUUUGGCGGCUUUACAACGUGGUGGCGACUUGGAACGAAGGGCCUCGAGAAGGUACUCCGCCUAUCAGAUAUCAAAACAUCUUGGAGGUACAAAUGGCAUUCCAAUGCUACCACCAGCACAAAAUUCUCCAAUACCGAAUAGAGGGAGAAAUGAUGCUCGAGAGUCUAUGCGAGCUGUACAGAACCGAACGGACCAACGACAUGUACGACAACAGUCAACUCGCAUACAAACAGAUGUUUCGCCUGCUCGUAUACCAAGUCGUAUCUCCGAAGAGGGGAAUGACGCUCCCGAGAUCACACCUCCUGCGGAACAACCAGCAGACGAUAGCCCCAUGGCAAAGACGCCUGAAGACAAAAUUAGACAAUCCGUUGUUGAUUUUGACGGUCUAAGUGCUACUUUACAAGGCCCACCUUCUGAUUCCCUGCCAAUAUUGUCUGAACCAGAGAAAGAAGACCAGCAAUUUCCUGAGCCACCUAAGCACCAACACUCCACAUCUUCUACUUCCACCGUUCGACCACAGCCUCAACAAAGGGACCAAUUCACGCCUGAACCUUCUCCUCCUCCAGGGAAAGAACUCACUCUUUUUUUGCAGUACAAAACAAAGGUUAAGAAGUUUGUGCUGCAAGAUGGGUUCAACGAACUCUCCCUAGCACGACUUCAGCUAGCAUUCAUGGACAAAUUUUCUUGGAAUACUCAUAGUACCGGGGUCGAUUUACCUGAAAUAUACAUUCAAGACCCCGUUUCAGGUGUUCGUCAUGAAUUGGAAGACCUCAGCGAUAUAAAAGAUCGCUCAGUUUUGGUGUUGAACUUCGAGGUUUUGGACGAAGUGAAGCGUCACAUUGAUGAAGGGCUCGGUGGCAUCAGAAAAGUCGUUGAAGGAGUGAAAAAUGCCGUCGAUGAUCAGCAAGCUGCAAUUCAACGUGUUUCUGAUCGCCAACAGGACGCCGCGAAGGAGAUUGCACGGCUAGCAACAGCACCUCCUCCCUCAACUGUGACUUCCGGCAGCAUAGCAAGAUCGAGUGGAUUUAACACCUCAAAAUUGGCCAGUCCAGCUCACUUGAACGAGGUUCAGAGCCUGAAGCGUGAUCUGGCUGUCAUUCGUCAGACUUACUCUAAUUUCCAGUCUGAGAUUCGGGAUUCCAUGAAUACCAUACGCAAUAAAGCUUCUUCUGUCAAGGUAGAAGCAGCUAAAACACUCAUUCCCAAACUUGAUGACGAGUCUGGGAGAGCAUAUGUCAAUGAGAAGAAGAAAAAGCUUAAUUCAGAAUACGACACCCUUGUGGGUCAAGUGGAUGAUCUUCAAGAUCUUAUUGAAGAGCUUCGCAAAGAUGUUGUCACGCGCGGUGUUCGUCCUUUGCCACGACAAUUAGAGACUGCUGCCAAAGAUCUAGCUCAAGCAACGAUGGGUUUGAAGAAGAUAAGGUCUGCAGUGGAUCGCGAAUCUCCACUCUUCACAAAGGUAUGGGAGAGAGAACUCACCCAAGUUGCAGACGAUCAAGAGAGCAUGAAACAGCAGAAGCAACUGAACGAGGAUCUCCAAACGGAUCUCGAGGAAGUUGCAGAGGUGUUAGCUCUCGUCGAGCAAGCCACCAAAGAGCAAAUGAAAGAUGCUCCAGGCGCAAAUGCAACUCGCAACAUCUCCCAGACCCUCCGGCACGUCAUCGCAGCAGAUCCAGCCGAAGCAAAAGAAGGUGUCCUAGGCCAAGUCCGCGCUCUGCAGCCCAACCACGAGAGCCGUCUCGAAGCAAUCGAGCGCGCCGAAAGGCAGCGCCAGAAAGAUCUCGAAAGUAGACGAGGCGGCGAGUUCCAGAAAGAACUAGGGGCAUUCGUGGAAGAAGGGAAACUGAAGAAAGCAGGAGGCUUCGAGGAGGUUGAGCGGGCGAGGAAACUUAAGGAUGAAAGGAUACGGAGAGAAGUGUGGGAGAGGCAGAACGGCAUGACUCAAGCGGACGCCACUGCCGAUGAGCCAGCCGGAGACGAACCUCCCGCCGAAGAAGGGGAGGAAAAUGCAGAGGGGGGAGAGGCACCAGAUGAGAUUUGAGGAUUAAAUCGAGGGUUGUAAUUUUUUUUCACUUUCCAUGUCACAAAGGAACGAACGUCUUGACAUACAUACAUCGGUUCUAUGUUUUUUUUUUCCUUCUUCUUGCUGGUCUGGAUUAUCUUACUACUUUAACGAUGAACUUUUUAUGAGGUGCUUGCUACUAGGGUAGUUAGUUGCGUUGUGUUGCGUUGAAGCAUGGCGUUGGGUUUAGGUACAUGCAUGCAUCUAUCUCUCUUUCUUCUGCGUGUGGUUGUCGUGUAAAUCAGAGAUUGAAGAUUGGAGAUGGAGAAGGAGAGAGAAUAUGAUUUAGG